AAUUUACACAAAACUUUACAGUAGUAACGGCGAUAUUUCCUGGAAAUAUUGCAUGUGGUGACUGUAAUUACCAGAUUAUCAAACUGUUAAGUUAACAUAGUACCAGCCCAUAAAGACACUAAAUCACUAAACGGAAAGAUAAACAAUUUGGGCUUUAUUGCCAAAAUGGAUAACUUACACGACGUUUGCCGUAUAUGCGCCAAUAAAAUAAAGGACAAGAAGCGCCAGCAGCACUUGUUCAACUAUUUGCGAGGCAAAUUACUCCACAAUCUGAAACUCAUUACCGGAGUCGAGCUAUCAUCCAAUGAGGGCUUGCCAAAAUAUAUUUGCGUUCGCUGCAGCAACGAACUGGACUUGGCCAUUAAGUUUCGGGAGCGCUGCAUCUUCACGCAAAAGUAUCUCAAAGAAGUUUAUACAAAGCGGCGUAGCAUCGAACUGGUAGCAAAAUCGACUGAGCCUGAGCUUCACGAAGAUUUGAUCGAUGAGGAGCAGUUGGAGUACCUCGAUGAUGAUGUGCAAGUUAUAGAAGACAUUAAUGAUUAUGUAGCGGAAGAUAUGAGUGGCGAGGACUUUUUGGAGGAAACCGAAGAUGUAGAAGUGGAAGUGACAGAGGAACAGUCGAGUAAAGAGAAACAGCAUUGGGUACUCCUAGAAGACAGUCGUCCUAGUAAACGUGUGAGAAACUUUUUUAUAUGUGAAGAAUGUGGAGAGUUUUUCAAUACGGAGAGCUCCUACAAUUUGCAUAUCAAGGGACAUAUGCAACAAAAGGAAGCCAAACGUUUCUUUCCGUGCUGCAAAUGUCCUUCUACUUUCAACACUAAAAUCGCCUUGAAAGCCCAUCGUGAACAAUUUCAUACCGGCGAUCGGCUUUUUAAAUGUUCAACAUGUGGCGAAACGUUCAUGCAACAUAGUGCCAAGCAGAGACAUGAGAAAGAGCACAUCAAUGAGAGACCGUAUCCCUGCUUAGAAUGCGGCGAAGCCUUCCAAAGUUUACUCGAAUUUCGUGCGCAUUCUACAAGUCACGAUUUACGAACAUUUAGAUGCGAGCCAUGCAACAUGGACUUUAGAACACGCCAGAAUCUCGUAUCACACUCAAAUACAUAUACACAUAAAAGAACUCUGCAGCAAAUGCAGGAUGAACUCGAUCUGCUGUGCGGCGAAUUUCAAGAUGAAACUGGUUAAUUAGUAUU